GCUUCCUUGCUUUUACGUUGCCCUCUCGUUUUCUUGCAUUCCUUGCUCAACAAAACCCAGAAGCGGCCUAUAGCCAAAACUAAACGUUAUUAGGGAAGAGAAAACUGGUAGAUUUAUGAUGUUGGUGCAGAGAAUCGCUUUUGUCUCUGCUGCUUCAAGAUGUGCUUCUGCUUCUCCUUGUGCUUCUCUGCUUGAAGACGGUACCACUAACAGACCCACUAGCCUUUUUUCUUUCUUCACAAAUUAUCCAAUUGCUUUUGCUUCAAUUGCUUCCCUUCAUUCUCAAACGUCUUGUUCUGCUACUAGCAUCAGUGCUAGUAGAAUAUCUAAAAAAGCAAAAAGAUAUGCUCAGGCCCAGUUCUUGAAAUCUGUGAGGGAACAAUGUAAGUAUGGUAGGCUGACUAAUUUUAACGAUGCCCUCAGCAUAUUCGAUCAAUUACUUCAAAUGGGUUCCCGGCCGUCUAUCGUGGAUUUCAAUCAGAUUUUAGGUAAAAUUGCGCACAUGAAGCGUUUUUCGGCCGUGAUUUCUUUAUAUAAGCAAAUGGGCUUGGGAGGAAUUAUGCCUGAUGUUUGUACUUUGAACAUUGUGACCAAUUGUUUUUGCAACUUGAACCGCUCGGAUUUGGCGUUUUCCUUACUGGGUAACAUUUUGAAACUUGGUUUUGAGCCGGGUUGUAGGACUUUCACUACUCUGAUUAAUGGGUUUUGUAUUGAUGGUAAAAUAGUGAAAGCGGUGGAGUUGUUCAAUGCAAUGGUGGAGAUGGAGUAUUGGCCAGAUAUGGUUACUUAUGGGACGAUAACAAAUGGGUUGUGCAAAAUGGGUGAUACUAGUGCGGCUAUUGGGAUGCUUAGGAAGAUGGAAGAAGGAGGUUGUAAGCCUGAUAAAGUUGUAUAUAGCGCUAUCAUUGAUCGUCUAUGCAAGGAUGGGAAAGUUAUUCAGGGUUUGAAUCUAUUGUUAGAAAUGAUAGGUAAAGGUAUUUCCAUAGAUGUUGUCAUCUGUAAUUCCUUGAUUCAUGGGCUAUGCAAUUCGUAUCAAUGGGAGGAAGUUUCAGGUUUUUUGAAGGAAAUGGAGAGUAGGGACGUUGUACCAGAUCUAAGAAUUAUAUGUAUGUUGACAGAGAUGCUUUGUAAAGAAGGAAUGAUUGUUGAACCGAAAUGUGUGAUUGAAGUAAUGAUUCAGAGAGGUUUGGAGCCCGAUAUAGUCACUUAUAGCACACUCAUGGAUGCAUAUUGUAUGCGGGAUCAGAUUGAUGAGGCCAGAAAAGUCUAUGAUGUGAUGGUUGAGAGGGGUUGCCAUCCCGAUGCUUGUUGCUAUAACAUCUUGAUCAAAGGAUAUUGCAGGAGUAGAAGAGUGGAUGAGGCCAUGAUUCUUAUUGAAGAAAUGUCUGUUAAGAGGCUGGUUCCUGAUUCUGUAACUUACAACACUCUUAUUGGUGGCAUGUGCCUUGUUGGGAGACUUAAAGCAGCACAAGAGCUUCUUAAUGAUAUGGAAGCUCAUGGUAAGAUUCCAGAUAUCUUUAGUUACUCCACAUUGCUGGAUAAGCUAUGCAAAAAUCAAGAUAUUGAUGAGGCUAUGAAACUUUUCAAAGCAAUUGAAAGUAAUAGGAUGGAUUCUGACAUUGUGAUUUACAGUAUAUUCAUUGAUGGUAUGUGCAAAGCUGGGAAACUCAAACUUGCAAGGGGAAUAUUUUCUGGUCUCUCGAAAAAAGGGUUAAAACCCAAUGUUAGGACCUAUACUUCAAUGAUUGAUGGACUUUGUAUGGAAGGGUUAUUGGAUGAAGCAAGGGAGUUACUCAAAAGAAUGGAUGAAAGUGACUGCCCACCAAAUAGUUUCACCUAUAAUGCAAUUAUCCGAGGAUGUCUAAGAAACAAAGAGACAUCAAGGGCAAUAGAACUUCUUCAAGUAAUGGCUGAGAGGGGUUUCACAACAGAUUCUUACACUAAUAGCAUGUUAGUAGAUUUGCUGUCUACCGAUGGUCUACACCCUUCUUCUCUUGAAAAGCCUUAGAGUUAUGUAUGAAGUCUAUCCCUGGUAUUGAACAUGAAGUUGAAGCAGCGUGCGAAAGUUGGCAGUGCAGUAAUCUUAAUGGAUUAGUUUUCUGUGAAGCAGUAGCAGGUUGCUUUUUACUCCCUAGAAGUGUCAUCUUCACAAUCUGCUACACGAAAUACCAAGGGCUUUAUCUCAAAGAUUAGGGAUACCUUAAAAAGUAUGAUUUUAUGGAAAAGCCUUGGAAAUCUUCUAGAUAAAAAAUGUUCAGGAACUUAGCUUGGAAUGAUCAAACUAAUUAGGGUAAAAGGAGCUUCAAGCACUCAGGUAAAUAUUAAUAUAGCAACACUUUCAGAGACACAUGAUAAGUUGGUGAAAGCAGUACAUCAAAGCUUCAUGGGUCUUCUUGGACCAUAGUUAUGAUCCAAUGACCUUGCGGAUCUUCCAUCCAUAAUAACAGAAGGAAACUAUAAUUUUGAAUCUAUUUUGGUA